AUGGGCAAAUGGACCGACAAGUUGUACAUUACGCAUUCUGAGUGGAGUGGUGAAGUCGGUCAGCAUUCAGCGUCUUCAGGCAUUACGGGCCGUCGACAAAACGAUGGAUUUCGACGUUUACCUUUUUAUUGUUGUUCACUUUCACUUCAACCAUUCGAGCAUCCUGUUUGUACACCCGAGGGCAUCAUCUUUGAUCUGGUCCAUAUUAUUCCCUACAUUAAAAAGUAUGGCACCAAUCCAGUGACGGGUGAGAAGCUGGACACCAAGAACCUUAUCAAGCUCAACUUUUUCAAGAAUGACAAGGAAGAAUUCUAUUGCCCAGUGACAUACAAGGUGUUUUCAGAUCACACAGCCAUCGCCGCCAUCAAGACAACCGGCAACGUCUUCGCCUAUGACACCAUUGAGAAGCUCAACAUCAAAGCCAAGCAUUGGAAAGAUUUACUUACGGAUGAGCCAUUCACACGUAAAGACAUCAUCAUGAUCCAAGAUCCUCAUAACCUUGACAACCGCAACAUGUCAAAAUUCCAUUAUCUAAAGAAUGAUAUGAAGGUGGUCGAUCAAGCUGAGGAACGUGCACGAAAGCAACCCGUCAACAACAUCAAUGUACAAGGUCUUGGAUCCACCAGCAAAGUAUUGGCCAAACUCAACCCAUCAUCAGCAACAGCACUAGAGAAAUCCGACAAAGCAACAACAACAUCAUCAUCAACUACACCUAAAAAGCCCAACACACCUUACAAUGCAGCCCAUUUCUCUACUGGACGAGCAGCAGCAUCCUUCACAUCGACAUCCAUGACACCCGUUACCGUCAAUGAGAGUGCACUGAUUGAUGAGGAUUUUUUCAUGUACAAGCGGAUCCGCAAGAAUGGCUAUGCACGUUUAAUCACCAAUUUCGGCAACAUCAAUCUCGAGCUUUACUGUGAGAAGGCGCCCAGGGCUUGCCACAACUUUGUACUUUUGGCCAAAUCAGGUUAUUACAAUAAUACCGUCUUUCAUCGCAGCAUCAAGAACUUUAUGAUCCAAGGAGGUGAUCCCACUGGAACGGGUCUUGGUGGUGAAUCCUAUUGGAAACGACCCUUUGACGAUGAAAUCAAAGGAAGCUUAUCACACAAUGAUCGUGGUGUACUUAGUAUGGCCAACAAAGGAAAAAAUACCAAUGGCUCGCAAUUCUUUAUUACGUAUCGACCAUGCACACAUCUUGAUGAGAAACAUACCAUCUUUGGACGAGUCGUGGGCGGUCUCGAUGUAUUGAAUCAAAUGGAGGCUGUUCCUACCAAUGAAAAGGAUCGACCUGAACGUGAUAUCCGAAUCAAGGAGGUGUCUAUAUUUGUUGAUCCAUUUGAGGAGUUCCAAGGGCGUUUGAAGCGUAAGCUUGCACAUGAAGCAAAUGCCGAACAAGAAGAGCAAGAGCGGAAACAAAAGCGGGCAAAGGAGGAUAGCAUGGGAUGGUUUGGACCGAAUGUGGCAAAUAGCAAGAAAGCAGGCUCAGGCGGCAUUGGCAAAUACCUUGCUGGCAAUAGUAAAAAGAAAAGUAGUAGUGGUAGCUAUGGCAACUUUGAUCAAUUUUAA